UGGUUUAACUAUUUAACAUUUUAGUGAAUAUUUUCAAUCAAUCUUUAAUAAUAUUUUUAAUUGAGAAAAGUUUAUAAAUUCCGGAGACGCCCGCAAGUUAAAUCCGGACCAGAUUGGACUCAACUCAACGAUAAAACUUUUUAAAGAGUUAUAUGUGUUUGAUAUUUGAGCAAAUUAUUUUUUAUAUGCCAUAAAACAGCAGAGAAAUAAACGGGGUGACUCUCUCAAGAAAACCACAACAGAUUUCAGAUCCUCCUUCCAAGCUCUGCAGAAAGUACUGUGAGCAGAAAGUGAAGAACAACGAUGGGGCUGACAUUUACAAAGCUCUUUAGCCGGCUUUUUGCCAAGAAAGAGAUGCGUAUUUUAAUGGUGGGUCUUGAUGCAGCUGGUAAAACCACCAUUUUGUACAAGCUCAAGCUCGGCGAAAUCGUCACUACAAUCCCCACCAUUGGAUUCAAUGUGGAGACUGUGGAAUACAAGAACAUCAGCUUCACUGUUUGGGAUGUUGGUGGUCAGGACAAGAUUCGUCCUUUAUGGAGGCACUAUUUCCAGAAUACUCAGGGUCUCAUUUUUGUGGUGGAUAGCAAUGACAGGGACCGUGUUGUUGAGGCAAGGGAUGAGUUGCACAGGAUGUUGAAUGAGGAUGAAUUGAGAGAUGCUGUUUUGCUUGUAUUUGCCAACAAGCAAGAUCUUCCCAAUGCAAUGAAUGCUGCCGAAAUAACUGAUAAGCUUGGUCUUCAUUCUCUCCGUCAGCGCCACUGGUAUAUCCAGAGUACGUGUGCAACUUCUGGGGAGGGCCUCUAUGAGGGCCUUGAUUGGCUUUCCAGCAACAUUGCUAGCAAGGCAUGAGAAAGGAUCAGUGUAUUGGUUGUUAGUUAGACUUGUUGAAACUCUGGCAACUCUUGAAGAGGAUAUAGCUUCCUGUUUAUCCAGCAACGUUUGUAAUGACAGAAUAUCUAGCUUUGUUUAAUCUUUUUACUUGGAUUUUUCAUUUUCUUUAAUCUAUUUGUGUUAAAUAUUCGAACUUGUUAUGGUUUAUAUCGAAAAAAAAAAAAAUAGUAACAUUGCAUGUCAAA